UUUCUUCGUGCUUCGCAUAUGUCCACGGAAGGUUAGUGAAGGUUAAACGCCUCCCGGCGGGGAGUCUCCCUUUUGUUAUUCACCACGGCGGGUGGGUGAGUGAGUGACUCGCGCGUCUCCUCAUCACGAACUGAUCACGUUGUUGUUCGGCCAAUCAGAGGCGGCGCAGAUGCUCCGCAGUGCUAUAAAUCCGACGUGAAAGCGGAGAGGAAAGCAAGCUAGGAAUGAAAAACAACAGAAAACUCCACACAGACCACACAUCUAGAGACUCUUAUAAUCUCUUUAUAUUUUUCUACACUUAACAUAAGGUUUUGGGGUCAACAAAAUGGCCACCUCGGCAAGUUCAAAGCUGAACAAAGCUGUUAAACAGCAGUACAUGGAUCUCCCUCAGGGGGACAUGGUUCAGGCCAUGUACAUCUGGAUAGAUGGGUCUGGAGAGGGAGUGCGCUGCAAGACCAGAACUUUGGAUUUUGAACCCAAGACGAUUGAGGAUCUUCCUGAGUGGAACUUUGAUGGCUCCAGCACCUACCAGUCAGAGGGCUCCAACAGCGACAUGUUCCUGAUCCCUGCAGCCAUGUUCAGGGACCCGUUCAGAAAAGACCCCAACAAGCUGGUGCUCUGCGAGGUGCUCAAGUACAACCGCAAGCCAGCAGAGACUAAUCUGCGCCACACCUGUAAACAGAUCAUGAGCAUGGUGGAGAAUAACUACCCGUGGUUUGGUAUGGAGCAGGAGUACACUCUCCUGGGCAUAGAUGGGCAUCCCUUCGGCUGGCCCUCCAAUGGCUUCCCAGGUCCACAAGGGCCCUAUUACUGUGGAGUGGGAGCAGAUAAGGCGUAUGGACGGGACAUAGUGGAGGCACACUACAGAGCCUGUCUGUACGCUGGGGUUCAGAUCUGUGGAACCAAUGCUGAAGUCAUGCCAGCUCAGUGGGAGUUCCAGGUUGGGCCUUGUGAAGGCAUCAACAUGGGGGACCAUCUGUGGGUUGCUCGCUUCAUCCUUCACAGAGUGUGUGAGGAUUUCGGAGUGGUGGUGUCCUUUGACCCCAAACCAAUCCCAGGGAACUGGAACGGUGCCGGCUGCCACACCAACUUCAGCACAAAAGAGAUGCGAGAGGACGGUGGACUGAAAAUCAUUGAGGAGUCGAUCGAAAGGCUGGCGAAGAGACACAGGUAUCACAUCCGGGCCUACGAUCCCAAAGGCGGGCUCGACAACGCCAGGCGCCUCACCGGUCAUCACGAAACCUCAAACAUCGACGAGUUCUCUGCAGGUGUGGCCAAUCGUGGCGCCAGCAUCCGCAUCCCCCGCUCGGUGGGGCAGGACAAGAAGGGCUACUUCGAGGACCGCCGUCCAUCCGCCAACUGCGACCCGUACAUCGUCACAGAGGCUCUGGUGCGCACGUGUUUACUCAAAGAAGAGGGAGAAAAGCCCACUCAUUACAGGAAAUGAACAGUCUAAGACCAAGUGUCAUUACCAGUACUGUAUUUAGUCGUUUCUAUUUCAAGACUUAAUGGAUUGAUCUUUACCUUUUUGAAUUUCUUAACAUGACAGACGAAAGACUAAUUUAGGUAGUCCUGCAUUCUUUGUGCAUUCACUUGUACGCAGCAAGUCUUUACCUCUGGCACAUACACUGCCUUUUUGUCAAAGCAUUUUGUCAUGGUAGCUGAUCACUUGUAUAGAAUUACAUUAUUGUAAUGUGUUUAACUUGUACUGAAGAAAAACUACGUGCAGCAGGAUUUUGCUGUAGAUUUUAUAACUCUGACCCAAAGGAUCCUAAAGGCAUUUUAAUGUUUCUAGCAGUCUUGGCCUCUGUCACAAUGGUGGUUUUUAUCAUGUUGUGGAUAGAUAAGGUUAUUAUUAAAGCCAGUCCACUUUUGUAUGUUAUUCUUUUUUUUAAAUAAUGCACGUCUGUUUUGUGUGUUUUUUCACUUGAAACUGUCACUUGCAAAAACAUUUUAAUAAACAGCUAACAUUUUUACAUCUGA